CCGGGUUGGUAAAGAAGACACGUAAAAUGGGUACACAAGGAAAUUAUACCAACUGCACUGUGAUUUUAAGGAAAAAAUAUGAGUUUAAAGUUAAAACUUCCCGGUAUAGUCUAGUGGUUUUGAAAAGGUCCAACUAUGUGGAUAUAAUUAUAGAUAUUAAUUGAUUUGGAGCUAAUAUGCCACCGUGUGACAAAGUGAUUCUUUCUUUGUUUUUGAUAUGUGCUUUUACAUUGGAUAAUAUUUUUGCAAACGAGGGAACAUGCACACUGGUUUUGAACGAAGAAGGGAAUUCUGAGCAGAUUGAAAUGAAGACCAAUAAUUUUACAGGACUCUCAAAUAAGGGAACCAUUGUAUCGUUAUCUCGAGAACCAUGUGCCAGCAACUCCACCAUACAACUAACCAUCUUACCACAAGAUAUCAAAGUGCUGACUUUCCCAGAAAGGAUUCUGGCCAAGUUGACGCUGAAUAUAAGCUACACACUAGCGUUUCUCCGCAACUCCAGCCGCCUACAGACACUUCAGCGAUCCGUGCUGCUGACCCGGUCAAGAGAGUUGAAACAACUGACUUGCUGGCUUCCAAUCUCAGUCCCCGAUCAUCUUCAUAUUGCCAUCAAUGUCACGGUUGCCGGGGACGAAUACAACACAGUUGCCAGUUCAACGCUGGAUGCUGUGGACCAAGCCAUCAAUUGUAAAGAGGGGUGCAAGUCUGGUGACCUUAUGCUCAACACAUCCUACCUGUGCUCGAAAAAUGGAACAUUCUAUCACAAGCCGUCGGCACGAGUAUUACGCGUUUCAUUCACACCAUUAGACAAAGGUCAAACUACACUUAAACACUGGCCAGUUACCAAUUCAAGCAUAUCAUUUCAAUUUCACGACAAAUACAAUGGUAUUGGAAGGCUUGAGGUCUCGUAUCGACAACUAAAUGCAGACCUCUACUGCUAUGUGUACAGUGACAUCAACAUAGUUUGUGAUCACGUGACGUCAAAAUCCGAUCCAUAUGACGAUACCGAAUCCUUUGGGACGUUUGUGAUAUUUGGUCUUAUCGUGAUGACUUGUUUUACAGCCAUCCUCGCUCUCAUCAUAUUUGUCGUGCAGAAACUAAUGGGACUUCAUCGUGCGUAUAAAAAUAGAAGAGAAAGCACCCCCAAAGAACGUCGCCGCCGAUCCAGUCUUCUAGGUCACUUGAAGACAGAUGAGGUAAUCAGAAACUCCAUCCUUAAUAUGCAUAAGAUUAUCUCUGAGCCCGAGGCCCAGCCACUGCGAGGCCAUGGUAAUGGAACUUCCAGUGAACGCGAGACCAGCUUCCUAAGGAAUUCCUCACACAAGAGUUCACACAACAGGAUAGCAAGUGGCUCCUCCUGGGCGUCUAGUAUUUUAUCACAAACAAACUCAGGCUUGCCUUCGAAGGCAUCCAGUGGUAAAAAGCUUCAACGAAGCGUUACACAGGCUAUGCUGGAAGACCUGGACGAAAGCAACUGUUCAAUUCUAUUUCUUACUCUACCCUUCGACCAGUACACCCGAGACGUUACCGAGCUUCUUCGGAACGUUUUGUCUAUUGAGGGUGGAAUUCCAAGCCAGUGCUGCUUCGACUCCGAUGUUUUGAGCGAUUAUCAGGCUAAUAGAUUCGCAUUUAUCGAAGAGAUAACUGGAAAUACAAACAAAAUUCUGAUAUUUGUGUUUCUUACUACAUUGAGUUAUGGAACCAAAGAAGAAAAGCUGAUACAUGACUUGCUAAACCACUGUCUCCUAAAACAGAGAAUCAUUCCUCAAUGCAAGGUUGUUUUUCUUCACCUAACGGAUGACGACAGUAGGCUAGAAACAAGAUACCAUGGUCAGCAUAUUCAUCUGAAGCAUGAUAAUGCUUAUAAGAAAUUUCUCUCUGUGAUCUUGAGAGAAUGUGGCAUCAAUGUUGAUGAAAGAGAUGAGGACAGUGAAUUGCCUAAAAGAAUGCUGUCAUGCAGUGCCACAAAGCAUUUAUAUCAUUUGUUAUCUUACAAUGGCGAUAAGGCAGCAUGAGUAUUGUCGAAUAUUGUAUCUUAACUUGCUACAUUUGUAAUAUGUAUGUCUUUCAAUGUCUUUCAAUAUUGAUAUGAUUAUUAUUUAUAUGCAUUAGUUUUGACAUGAUCAUUCCUUUCUUGCGAUAGCAUUAGAGUUAAUACUGGCAAUCACAAAAUAUUCACUGAUGUGUUCAUUUUAUUUCAAGAACAAUAAACAGUCUGGACACUGUCUAACUGAU